GGGAGUUUAGCGAGCCCCCGCCCCACUGUCCUGGCGACUGGCCGGUUGCACACGGACUCAGCUCAGGUUUCCUCUCCUUUCCUCUCCUCUCCUCUCCUCUCCCUCUCUCUUUCUGCCUCUUCUUCCUCUUCCUCUUCGCAGCUUUCCACCUCCACUCGGCAGGGCCCCACGCGGCUCCUGGUAGCCAUGGAAAACACACCGCUUCAUAUCAUUGAGCAGCCCCUCGCGGGCUACCCCGACGCUGGGGUCUCCGAGUCGUCCCAGCCUGGGCCGCCCGCGGAAGAGCUGUCAGGGGGCUCCGAGGAACUGAUCAAAUCGGACCAAGUGAAUGGAGUGCUGGUCCUGAGCCUGCUGGACAAGAUCAUUGGCGCCGUCGACCAGAUCCAGCUGACCCAGGCCCAGCUGGAGGAAAGGCAGGCGGAGAUGGAGGGGGCCGUGCAGAGCAUCCAGGGCGAGCUGAGCAAACUAAGCAAGGCACACGCCACCACGAGCAACACGGUGAGCAAGCUUCUGGAGAGGGUGCGCAAGGUCAGCGUCAACGUGAAGACCGUGAGGGGCAGCCUGGAGCGUCAGGCCGGCCAGAUCAAGAAACUCGAGGUCAACGAAGCGGAGCUGCUGCGGCGCCGGAACUUUAAAGUCAUGAUCUACCAGGAUGAAGUGAAACUACCAGCCAAAUUGAGCAUCAGUAAGUCCCUGAAGGAGUCUGAGCUGCUGCCAGAGAAAGAAGGUGAUGAGCUGGGUGAGGGGGGAGAGAAGCCUGAAGAUGAUGCCACCCUGGAACUGUCCUCUGAUGAGGCAGUAGAAGUUGAGGAAAUCAUCGAAGAGUCCAGAGCUGAGCGCAUCAAGAGAAGUGGCCUUCGGCGAGUGGAUGACUUCAAGAAAGCCUUCUCCAAGGAGAAAAUGGAAAAGACGAAGGUUCGAACCAGGGAGAACCUGGAGAAGACCCGACUGAAGACCAAAGAGAACCUGGAGAAGACCCGGCACAAUCUGGAGAAGAGAAUGAACAAGCUGGGCACAAGGAUUGUGACCGCCGAGCGCCGGGAGAAGAUGAAGACAUCUCGGGACAAGCUGCGCAAGUCCUUCACACCUGACCACGUGGUCUAUGCCCGCUCCAAGACCGCCGUCUACAAGGUGCCCCCCUUCACCUUCCAUGUCAAGAAGAUCCGGGAAGGCGAGGUCGAGGUUGUCAAGGCUACAGAAAUGGUGGAGGUUGGAGGCGAAGAGGAUGGAGUCGAAGAUGAUGGUGGCGAGGGUACCGACCUCCUGAGGGGGAGCAGCCCUGACAUGCACACCCUGCUGGAAAUCACUGAGGAGUCAGAUGCUGUGCUAGUGGACAAGAGUGAUAGCGACUGAGCCGGACAGAGAGGGAGAGGAAGAGCCAUGCUCUCUGGAGGCUCAGGGGAUGGAGGAGUGGGAGCAAGCCUACUCCAUUCCCCCCUCCCCAAAUCCUUUCUUAUUGUGAACUCUGUCUCUGCUUCAUUCUGUCUGUCUGUCUGUCUCUCUGCCCCCAAGCUGGGGCAUCGGCUGAGAGUUUUAUAAAUUGAAAAUAUAACAUUAAGAAUUCACCCCUUUCCCCUCCAUUUCCCUGCCUUUUAGGAGGAAAGGAGACUUUGACAGAACCUGCCACUAUUAGUGGUAGAAAGGUGAAAAAGGCACCCCUCAUUUUCCAAUUAUGUAGUUUGGGGUCGGCCAGAAGUUCCUGCCAUUUCUGUGACAGGGCUAGCAAAAGCGUUUGAGGAUGCUAUGGUCCCCUUUCCCUCUCCCCCUCCCAGCUGUCCUUCCUGCCUUUUUAGUCUCCCCUCACCCAAGUUAUGCUGUAAACAUUCCCCUAAAUCCUAUCUUUUAUAUCCAUAUCCACUCCUAGAGGAAAUAGAGACCUUUUCCUGAAAGGCAGUCUGGGGUUUGGGGCAGUGGAAAAUAGAGUGAGUAAGGCCAUGAUAAUUGUCGAGGGGCAGGGUUUGAGGAGGGGGAGCAGAUGUCCAGGCCAGGUCAAAUCUUCGUGUAGGUCCUGGCAUAAAAGGGCUAGACCCUGAAGGGACAUUUACACACACACACACACACA